AUGGCAGCCAUCCCAGCCCUGGACCCGGAGGCCGAGCCCAGUAUGGACGUGAUCUUGGUGGGAUCCAGUGAGCUCUCAAGCCCCGUUUCGCCCGGGGCAGGCAGAGAUCUUAUUGCAUAUGAAGUCAAGGUUAACCAGCGAAAUAUAGAAGACAUCUGUCUCUGCUGCGGGAGUCUCCAGGUUCACACGCAGCACCCUCUGUUUGAGGGAGGGAUGUGCGCCCCAUGUAAGGACAAGUUCCUGGAUGCCCUCUUCCUGUACGACGAUGACGGGUACCAAUCCUACUGCUCUAUCUGCUGCUCCGGAGAGACGCUGCUUAUCUGCGGAAACCCCGAUUGCACCCGAUGCUACUGCUUUGAGUGUGUGGACAGCCUGGUCGGCCCCGGGACCUCAGGGAAGGUGCAUGCCAUGAGCAACUGGGUGUGCUUCCUGUGCCUGCCCUUCUCCCGAAGCGGGCUGCUGCAACGCCGGAGGAAGUGGCGCGGUCAGCUCAAGGCCUUCUAUGACCGAGAGUCGGAAAGUCCCCUUGAGAUGUUUGAAACAGUGCCUGUGUGGAGGAGAGAGCCAGUCCGGGUGCUGUCUCUUUUUGAAGACAUCAAGAAGGAGCUGACGAGUUUGGGCUUUUUGGAAAGCGGUUCUGACCCGGGACAGCUGAAGCAUUUGGAUGAUGUCACAGACACAGUGAGGAAGGAUGUGGAGGAGUGGGGGCCCUUCGAUCUCCUGUACGGCGCCACACCUCCCUUGGGCCACACCUGCGACCAUCCUCCCAGCUGGUACCUGUUCCAGUUCCACCGGCUCCUGCAGUACGCGCGGCCCGGGCCGGGCAGCCCCAGGCCCUUCUUCUGGAUGUUCGUGGACAAUCUGGUACUGAACAAAGAAGACCAGGACGUUGCCUCUCGCUUCCUGGAGAUGGAGCCAACCACCAUCCCAGAUGUCCGCGGCGGAUCCCUACAGAAUGCUGUCCGCGUGUGGAGCAACAUUCCAGCCAUAAGGAGCAGGCAGUGGGCUCUGGUUUCGGAAGAAGAAUUGUCCCUGCUGACACAGAACAGGCAGAGCUCGAAGCUCGCGGCCAAGCAGCCCACCAAGCUGGUGAAGAACUGCUUUCUCCCCCUAAGAGAAUAUUUCAAGUAUUUUUCAACCGAACUCACUUCCUCUUUAUAAAUGAGUCACUAUACUGUGAAAAGGGAAAAAAAGACUUUUCCUAGAACAAAGGCGGCUUUCUUC